CCUCCUGAAGCGUUACGCAUGCGCCGCUUUCCUUGCCACUCCUCUGGCUUGCCGUAGAAAAGCGAAAGUCAUCCAAUAAGGAGCAUGUCAUAUGCUAGACUGGUGUCGCUAUGUGCCGCGGCUCCGGGGCUGGCGGCCCUGCUGAGCGGCUCGGUGCUGGCUGCAGGUGAGGGGAAGAAGAAGAGCAGCCAGCCGCCUCUGAGCAUCGAGGAGCUGCCGUCUCUGUACACCAGCCCUGAAGCAGCGGUGCCCCAGUACGUGGAGCCAGAGGCCGGGCCGGUGGAGGAGAGGGUGGCCUCACUGAGGAAAUGGGCAGAACCAUACACGAGCCAGUGUCAGGAAACUGGCCGGGCUGCUUUGGAGAAAGUGGAGCAGGUGUAUCAGAGGGUGGAGCCCGUCAUCAGCACAUCAGUAACAACAGUCACAGAUGUGUACCAGGUCCUCAGUGACCCUCCUCCUGACCUCUACCCCAGUGUGGCGGUGGUGGGUUUCUCUGGCUUCCUGGGACUUUAUUUGGCCAAAGGCUCCAGGCUGAAGCGGCUGGUGUUUCCAGUCGGCCUCAUGGCCCUGAGCGCCUCCAUGUUUUACCCUCAGCAGGCUGCAACGGUGUUGAAGGUGAGUCGAGACUCGGCGUACACCUGGACUCAGCAGGGCCGCGCCGCUCUGGAGACUCUGUGGAAAAAUCCACCGUUUGGCAAAAAGGAGCCUGAGAAGAAAGAGCAAACGAAGGGCAGCAACACGAGCAGCUGAAGACGGCGACCCACUAACACACCUGUGUACCUGUAGCUUACUCACACAUUUCCCACACAAACAGACUCCCAGAGCUGCCGGUUGUUACAUGUGAGCUUCACUUUGAAUCUUUCCAAAACAUCUCCGCCUCUUCCCAGAAGCAGUUUGGCUCAUUGCACUGGACACCUCCUCCUCUUCCUCCUCUGUAAACAUUCCUUCUUUCUCUCAAUGACUUCAGCUCCUCCGGUUUAACAGAACAGGUCACAGUGUCACCUUUCAAAACACUUCCUCGUACUUUAACGUCCCAUUCUGCUACAGAGACCCACUAAACUCAGAAGUACUGCCAAAAAUAACAUUCAGAUCAGUCGUUAAGACCCAUUUUUAUUCAUAUCUGUGAGGAUUUUCUUCUUCUUUUCUCCUAUUUUGAAGUAAACUGAAUAUUUUGACUGUUUGAAGAGCUGGGAUUGACUUCUUUCUUUAGUUUUUACUAUUUAUGUCAGUGAAUUUAGACGGCAUAUAUCCCAGAGCUUUCCCUCUUUCCUCUGGAGGAGGAUGUAAACGAAUGAAGUCUCCCCCGAUGUAGUAUUCAGGUCACACUGUGAUUCUUAUAAUCCUGAUUUAAUGCAGUAUUAAUGUGUGCACCCAUCUUCAGGUAUUAAUGAACUGUAUAAUAUCCAUGUCUAACAUUGUACUGUAUAUAUUAUGUGUAAUUAAAUCCAGUAUUUACCACUAAAA